UUCCCGCAGACGAUAGACGGGGACAGCAUCAUGGGUGCCGCUACUGUUUUCGGCCUCGCGUUUCUGGUUGCGUUGUGCAAUGCUGGGGUGGUGAGGAAUUCAACAACUUGCACCCCAGGAAAUAUUCAGGUGUGUUUGCAACCUCUCGCUGAUUAUGCCCGAAGUAAGGGAAUACCUAUGGAAGCGAUGUCUACCGGCAGUCAGAAUUAUACGUAUACAGCGCAAGACCUGAAAGCAAUGUGCAACAUAUACCCGAGGGUUAUUGAUUGCGCUGAUGAGGUAGCAAACAGAGAUUCGUGUGUUCCAGAAGUUGCUAGGAUUUUCAGAGGAAUGGUAGAGGGCUUGAAAUCCACUGUGAAUUCAACAUGUGGGCCGCAGGAGAGAAACUUGAUCCUCGAAAAUCAAGAAUGCAUGAGCAGGUAUACAGUGGCUGCCCGAGUGCGGUGCAAGCAGAAGACUACUCGUUUAGGGAUGCUGAUAGGUCAAGCAAUGAUGGGUAGGGCGAAACAGUCAUCUGUUUGCCGGGCCAAGAACCGCCUCAUUAAUUGCCAUGUAAAACUCGCCACGAAGAAAUGUGGAGAGGCAUUUGCCAACUUUUUGAGGAAUACGUUGGCUGACUCGCUGUCAAAGACGAUGCCCGGCAUUUCGUGCUCUUCUCCCAACUCAGCUACAUAAAGGUUCUUCGUUCACUGAAUAUGGGAAUUCCAUCAUGGGUAGCU